GCUCAUGUGAAGCUCCCGGUGAUUGAUGAUGACCAGGAAGUGUACCUCCUAUUGCUAGAUGACGAGGCUGAAUCAUAUCCGGGUCCUUCAGGUGAUUGGAACUUCCUGACCUGCGCCGAGCGGCGAAAACGAGCGAAAAACAGUUGGCUAAUCCCGGGAGGACAUCUGAGGAUAAGGACACUUGUGAGGGAAAAGAUCCGCCCUCGUUGGUGGUUCGUGGCCCUGGCAGAGUGCUCGGGACAAGGGUUGAGGAAUGUGCAGUACGAGGUACACGCCCAAAACAUCUUGUACGGCUGGGCAUCUGAGUUCUCCACCGACAGGCGUUAUGCAUUGCAUGCAUUCGUGGCCUGUUGCGUUGUUUUCGCGGCUUUCAUGAUGGUGCAAACACGCGCGAACGUGAUCCUGGCAUCUCGACAACAUGACGACAGUGCGAGGAGCAAGGCCGCUCACCCUUUCGCUCGCAUUCUCUUGAGUGGGAUAUGCGUGGAGCUGGUGGCUUGUUUUUUCGAAGUUCUUCAUUUAAUGCUGUUUGCAAGCAAUGGGCGGCUGGAAUUAAGCUUGUAG